AUGAAGCUCGGGUACUUCUCUUUCAUUAUUACCCUUGUCUUUGGCACGGCUAUCGUCGCCGAAGUUCUCUCGAUACCGUCCAUUGUUCUAAGAGAGGCGAACGCUGCGCCAUGCGCUGAGGAUGACUUCCAGAUUGAUGGACCUGACUGUGGGCCAUAA